AUGAAACGGUUGUUUGGGGGAUUGUUUUCGACGGGGAAGAGCACGUGGUUUAAGAAAGAACUUUCGGAAGAAGAGAUGGAGGAUGACAUGUUUUGGGAAUUACUUGACCUGUUAGCUGACCUCGACAAAACAAAAGAACUUCCUGAGGUCCAAAAAAACAUUUAUGAGCUCGAGUUGACGUUUUCAAGACAACCCGUUGGGCUCAAACGAGAGAUGAUUGAAGUCGACGAACUCAACAACCGAGUCAAAGUAGCCGAAAGCAAACUCGAAACUUUGGAGAAAUCUAAUCAUAAAAUGCAGCAUGACAGAAUCGUCAGAGUGUCGAAGCUCUUCCCAACAUCAAUGGAAAAAUAA